AUGAUCUCUUCGCAUGCUCACACCAUCUCCAGAUACCGUGCCAUUUUCACUUAUUUUGCAAUCCUGGCUUCCUAUUUUUCACUGGUGGCGGCUGAACAGUGCCCACCUCAAGUAGACAUCUAUCUUCUAAAUUGUUCAAUUAGUGGAUUAACCAGUGUUCCACACCGAGUUCAUCCUGAAACCCGUAUCCUGGAUCUCUCGAGAAAUUUUCUGAAAGUUAUCCAUGAGGACAGUUUUGUGGAAUAUCAUCGCCUUUCUCAGUUAAUUCUGGAUUACAACGAGAUCUAUAAAAUAACGGAUCGUGCUAUGAUUUCAAUCUCAAUUACACUGCGAUAUUUAUCUCUUCGUGGCAACCGACUGUCUGUUCGAUCUUCUUCAAACUUUCCUAUUGAUGCUUUAGCUAAGCUUCGGAAUCUACGGAUACUAGAUCUAUCAGAAAAUCCGUUGGGAGUUCUUCUUUCGAACUGGUUGGCUCCACUAGGUGGCACCUUAAGGGUUCUUCGACUAUCUGGAAUAAGUGAUCAAGUGGAAGUAAAGGAGAAUGCCUUCUUUGGACUUGGUAAUUUGGAGGAGCUCGAUUUUUCAAAUAACUCUUUUCACCACCUUCCAGAAAAUGCAUUUUCUGGAAUUCGACCUGAAAAGCUCAAGCGUUUAAACCUGUGGGGCAUUACUUGGCAUUGUGAUUGUAAACUUCUCUGGUUGCGAGAGUGGUUAAGAAAGUUGAAAGUUAUUACAUUUUUCGAUGAACCUGCAAUCACUGGCCAUUGUAUAUCUCCUCCGAGUUUAGGGCACACUCCUCUAAUUAACUUACCACUUACUCACUUUCAAUGCCCGCCAAAACUACAAGCCAUGCAUUCUAGUGCUCCUCAUCAUUUCGGAAAAUACGAUACCCUUCUCUACGUGACUCCAUCACUGGGAGAUUCCAUAACCCUGACAUGCAUAUUCGUAAGUCAACCCAAGAUGUUAGUGCAGUGGUACAAAAACGGCGCUCUCUUGAGACCGGAGCUCAAACGUUUUGUGCAAAGUGUGAGCAAAGGCACCAAGUUUUCUGCCGUCUUAAGUAUUACGAGUUUACGCUCACCCGCUGACAACGGAAACUACACUUGUAAAACGAGCAAUAACCGCGGUUUGGCAAAUGGUGUUUUCUCCCUUAGCAUAUUCAACCAGGGUACCGAUUCAAAGUACCUUUUAGAUGAAGCACAGCCAGCCAAUUCGCAAUACAAACCUCAAGAUGAAAUUUCAUUAAAUGAAACCCCGAGAGCGCUAAUUAUCUCAUUUGUGAUAAUCUGUGUUUGUGUUAUCUGUGGUAUUGGGCUACUUAUUACCCUAUUUCUAUUUCAUAUUCAAACGAAAGGGGGUAGUGUUCGAUGUCAAAGAGUGGAUACUUUGGCAUCGGAGACAAUUGAAAAUAUUGCCUGUUCAGAAAGAUCCCCACCUCCGUCACAACCACCAUCUUUACAAAUUCCAAUCCAGAUUAGCAACUUGUCCUACAGUACUCCAUCAGCAUUAGUGAGUUCAAGCUUGAAUAGUCAUGCAAUGACUCCACCAAAUUCUCGAUUACAGGCAGCAAAUCCACUUUGUACACAAUACUACAAGCAUCCAAAUUAUAUUUCUCCUGCAGAACAUGAAUCAUUUUUAAAUGUUAAUAAAAAUAGACCCAUCGUGCGAACUUUUGCACCGUUUAUUAACUCAGAGGAGACAGAGGAAGACGAAGAAAAUAGCAGAGGAGAGGGAGGGAGAAGUAGCAAUGAAAGCAGUAAUGAAAUCGACGAAGACUGUCCUGUCCAUGGAAGUCUAGCUAAAGAGGAAGUGCAUUUUUGCCCUGUUCACUCUCAACAACUUAGGAUGAAUAGCUUUCCAAAAGAGGAAUUAGAACGCCAAUGGAGUACCCUGGAAGGAUAUGGAAAAUCUCGAAAAUUGGACACCAAAGCCCUUCAAAGAAGGAUUAACUCAGCAACGACGGAUUUAAACUGUUUGGAGUAA